AUGAAGCACCAUUACCCAGAUUUCUGCCAGAGCUGCCGUGAAAAGCAACUCUUCUUCCUUAGACCUGCAGGCGGCGGCUCCUCCGCGUUGGCAGCUCAGCAGGGAUGGGCUGGAGAAGCAGGAGAGGAGGAGGGGGGCUCUAGGGGAAGCGCGGCGCGCAGCCACGUGACUUCCUUCCCAAGGAGCCUCAGCUGCAGGCCUCCCAGCAACCAAUGCGUCCCGCCUAACGACGCCCGCGCAUCCUGGUUGGUCUUCGGGAAUGCUUGUGGCAAGGCAGCUCCCACGGUCGCGCUGCUUAUUGGCUGGCUCUACCGUCGCUCAGGCGCGUUGCCCGAGCUCCCGCAGGCGGUACUGUCGAAAGCCCCUCCCAUUGGCCGCUGGGUUUGUGGCUGGCUGGCUGAGGCUGUCAGUCCUGGGCCGUUUCCCCGAGGCAGGCGCUCUGCUGGGGGCGGGAGGAAGAGGGGCCGAACUGGGGCCUGA